CAGGAGCUGUCCGGUGACUCCCUACGGGCACAGCUGGUGCAGGCAAACCGCAGGGUUUGGGUUUCUGUGCUCCCGGAGAGGUGCCGUGAUCCAGCGAGUUGAGUGGGAGCUUAGGAGCAAGGAGCUUCUUUAGGCAAAUCCUGUUGGAGCUGCUGGCAAGCUCCGACGGCUAAUAGCUAGAAAGCCAGUGGUUCUCACAGGAAUGGAACUGGGCCCUUGCACAACCAAAUGGACAGUAGAUUACUUGAGCCAAGCUGAAGGAUCUAAAGAAGUAAAGAUUCAUGUUUCCACAGUGCCACAGAUGGAUUUCCUCAGUAAGAACUUUGUGUAUAGAACUCUGCCUUUUGAUGUAUUUGUACGAAGAGCAGCUGAAGUCAACCACCAGGAGUACUUUCUUUCUCAGGAUGAAAAGUACUAUUUGCGAUCAGUGGGUGAAGAUGCUCGGAAGGAUAUUGCAGAUAUCAGGAAGCAGUUUCCUGUUUUGGCAAAAGACAUUCAAAUUCCAGAAUAUUUUGAGAAAGAGCAGUUCUUCUCUAGUGUCUUCCGCAUCAGCUCAGCUGGAUUACAGUUAUGGACACACUAUGAUGUAAUGGAUAACUUCUUAAUCCAAGUCACAGGAAAAAAACGAGUUGUUUUGUACAGUCCUCGAGAUGCACCGUAUUUAUAUUUAUCAGGUACUAAAUCAGAGGUGCUGGAUGUGGACAACCCAGACAUGGAAAAAUAUCCCCUUUUUUUGAAAGCCAAGCGCUAUCAAUGUUUUCUGGAAGCGGGAGAUGUGUUAUUUAUUCCAGCUUUGUGGUUCCACAAUGUAAUUUCUGAGGAAUUUGGAGUGGCACUGAAUGUCUUUUGGAAGCACCUUCCUGCUGAAUCCUAUGAUAAGACAGACACUUACGGAAAUAAAGAUCCCAUGGCAGCCUCUAGAGCUAUACAGAUCUUGGACAGGGCCUUGAAAACACUUGAAGAACUACCUGAGGAAUACAGGGAUUUUUACGCUCGGAGAAUGGUGUUACGCAUCCAAGAGAAAGCCUAUAGGAAUGAUUACGGAUGAAAUAACACACUGUAAUUCAGCAAGCUUUUGUGCAAGUAGAAAAUUGUAUGUCAAUAUGGAAACAGUCUGUGUGUACAUACAUUUUGAGACCAAUAAAAACUGUUGGUAAAUAUUCAUCUAAAACAAAGUUGAUCUUGUAACUUUUUUUUCUUGUUUUUUUUUCAUGUGUAGUGAGUACAGAGUUUGCUUGAUCUGACAGUGGUCUGUUUUCUACACUGAGAUACAAUGUGGUGCAGUGCCUGCAUUUAUAACUGUACUGUUUGGGAAUGUUGUACUUAAAUUUUUCUGAACCAAAGUUCUGGUGUCUGGGCUGACAGCGUGUAUGCUUACAACUAACUGCAUGUCUUUUUGAGUGUGACCUCAUUAAAGUUUAGGAAAGCCAUAGCGGUUUCUGAGCAGAUCCAGGAAAGCCAUUGUCGGUGGCUGUAAUGGUCAAGGUUUGUUUUUGAGUAAUAACCGGAGAAUAAGUGCAGGGGAGUUUCUUCUCCCCCUCGCAGUGAGACUCACAGUGGGUAUGGGAAAAAAAGUGCAAAAGCUAAUCAUGCCAUUUAAGCUUAGAAUUGUGCAACAGCUUGACUGCAAAGUAAAUGACUUACCCAUUACCUGCAUAAUGUUUUGUGGAGAAAACCUUGUUUGUCACUGCCCCAGUGCAGUCAGGCAGCAUUGCUGUUUCUGCAGCUGUGAAACACUGCAACUAAUGUGCCCAUAAAUCCAUUCAGCUCCAGUCCUAGAAAAUGCAAUGAAGUUCAUAGUUCUGGAGUAGACAGAGAAUCUGUAUUUGAGGUGCUCUUUGUUACCAUAUGAGAGGGGGCAUUGCAUCUUUUGGGAUGGAGCCUGUUGUUUAGGCACUGUAGGUUACUUUUCCAGAUUGCAGUGCUUACAAAAGCCUUGUAAAAUAAAGGUAGGGAUCUCACAAGAAGGAUGGGUUUGUCAUUGUCCUUUUCAAAUCCCUCUAAUAUUAUUACUUGUGCUAUUUGGGGAAUGCAGCAUUUCUGUGACUUAGUCUGUUACUUCUAGCAAUGUUUUUUGAGAACUAAAACUUGUCAAGAGCCCUUAGACUAAAUAGAUAUGUAGUGUUAAUAAAGUGCUGGAAAAAACAAGCUUUCUCCAGAAGAGCAGGAGCUUGAACACUGUGCAGAUUAUUCUUCUAAACCUGUUCUUCUUGGCAAUUCAACACAGUGAAAAUAGUCUGGUACCAUGUGAAUGGGCACCCGGCCACCUCAAUGAAUAAGCAUGAAUGGAACCAGCCAAGCGAUUCUGAUGGGCAUCAUUGUACGUUCUGAGGGUAGAAUUUAAAUUUGGGAUCACAAAUAGGUCUCCCCAAAUUUUUGUUCAAAAAGGAACAAGGAUUGCUUGUGCACGCUGCUGAGACAGACUGUUAGGCUGGGGUAACCUCUUGGCUUUGUCAGACCGGUAAUGUCGAGGGCCCCAUCUGAAUUGCAGAGGUGAACAGAGCAUAUUCUUUGUGUGUCAGGACUAAAUGGAGAGGCUCAGAGAGCCUGCAGGGCUAGACAAAGCUGUGUUCCAGCAUUGUGCCUGCACAGCCAUCUCUUUUAACUGUAACUGCCUCAAUGUACUGGUACAGAGAAGUCCUGUGCUGAUCCUGCAUUCUGCCAUUUCUUGAUUCUCCAGUCAAAAAAGGGACAUGAUAGCCUGGUGUUCUCAGGCCCCCUCAACACUCAGUAGUGAAUAAGGAAAGCUUUGUGGAGCAGCAAGUGGUGUAUAAGCGACCUUCUGCUGCCUCUCUUGUGGGAAGUGCCUGCUGUGCUUCAGAGAGAGGGUAGGAGGGCUUGGGGCUCUUGGGGACA